CACGCCUGCAAAUUCUAACCUUCAACACGCGGGACGUGACGAGUCGAAGAUGUGCCAAAUCCAAACUCUCCAAGACCAAUUACUCGGGGAUACGGGCUAGCUAGAUGAUCGCCGGGUUCAGCUGUCGUACCGUCAGGCUGACAACCAUUGGCCGGCGCUAUUGCACAACAGCUUGUAUUACAGCCACAGUAGAACGUCCUGUCGUAGUGACCACAAGACAAGCCGCACCGAUCAUCACCGCUUCCAAAGCUAGCUUCAACAGCUGGCAGUCCCAAAACCGGUCCUACAGCACCACUAAGAAGAAGGCGAGCGAGCUCACCAAGAUCGACCGCAAGAUGUCUGCUGGAAAGGACUACUACCUCACGCUGUCCUGCCCGGACAAGCCCGGUAUCGUGCACGCUGUGACCGGCAUGCUCGCGGCCCAGAAACUGAACAUCCUGGACCUGCAGCAGUUCUCUGACCGCACCUCGGAGAAAUUCUUUAUGCGUGUGCAUUUCGGUCAUGCUGACUCCACGGCCAGUAUCGAUGAGCCUUUAAAGGCUCUGUCUCAGGAGUUGUCAUUUGACCACUACGAGGUGCGGGCCACCGCCCAGAAGCCCAAGGUUCUGAUCAUGGUGUCCAAGAUCGGACAUUGUUUGAACGACUUGUUGUUCCGUACCCAGAACAAGCAGCUGGGCAUCGAGGUGCCGCUCAUCGUGUCCAACCACCCAGACUACAAACAGCUGGCCGAGGGGUACGGCAUCGAAUUUCACCACCUGCCUGUUACCAAAGACACGAAGCUUGAGCAGGAGAAGCAGAUCCUGGACUUGAUCAAGAAGCACGACAUCGAGCUCGUCGUUCUGGCUCGGUACAUGCAGGUCCUGUCACCCGGCUUGUGCUCAGCCAUGAGCGGCAAGAUCAUAAACAUCCACCACAGCUUCUUGCCGUCGUUCAAGGGCGCGAAGCCCUACCAUCAGGCCUUUGAGCGUGGUGUCAAGAUUAUUGGUGCCACAGCUCACUUCGUCACGGCCGAUCUUGACGAGGGUCCGAUUAUUGAGCAGAGGGUCGCCCGUGUCGACCACGCUAUGAGCCCCAAAGAGCUCGUUGAGGAAGGCAGCAACGUGGAGAGCCAGGUGCUAGCCGCGGCUGUCAAGUGGUGGAGUGAGAACAAGGUCUUCCUCAAUGGCCACAAGACUGUGGUGUUCAACUAAGCUAAGAUUGUGAAAUUUCUGGCUAGAGAGCAUUUCUGUUCAUAAAUCGUGAUAUAUAGGAAAGGCGUCCAAAAUGAAUAUCAAAAGUUCAAUUAGUUAGAGAAGAUGAAUUCUCGACUGCCAAGAUAGCGUAUCAAACUACCUAGACCCGGUACCAAAUCCGCAAAGCCGGCUGCCAUAAGCCGCCGAAACAAUGGAGACACUGCCGCUGAGUGGUAAGAGCGAGUGGCCGUGCUAUCAUAACUUUCAUUUCGAGGGGCC